UCGGCGGCUAAAUCCAUCCUUCCCUGCUGCUUGACAAUCCCACGCAGGAGCAAGUCUGCUCAUCCUUUCUGUGCGUACACGUCUCUCUUUCCAACUUUCCUAUUUAUUCUGGUAAAGUUUUCCCGCAGGACUUUCUUUCUCGGCAUCUGGUUGUCAUCCAUUUCCAAACAUGACAAUCAGAACAGCCCGUCCGGACCGGGGACAGCAUUUUCGCCCGCGUAUGCAUUGCCUGAAAAAGUUGGAGGCAAUGGUGGUCGCCAUGCAGGACCCAAAAGAUGGGCUGAAGGGCUCCGAACAGAAACUCAACGUCACCACCAUUCCACAUAUCAUCGCAGGCAAAGACAUGGUGUCUUGGCUCGCUAACAAGAUGAAAGUGACUGCAGAAGAAGCUCAGGCGUUUGGAACCAUGCUGUUGGCCUACGGUUACGUCUAUGCUCUACAGAACCACAAGAAACUGGUCCUGUGCAAUGACAGCAGCCUUUACCGCUUCCAGACUCCGUACUUCUGGCCUACGCAGAAAUGGGUUGCAGAUGACACUGACUAUGCCAUUUACCUGGCAAAGAGAAACAUCCGCAAGAAAGGCAUGUUGGAGCCGUAUGAACAGGCACAUUACAACCACCUUCACGAGUGGUUCAACUACAAGUGGGACUUUAUCGUCAUGCAGGCCACCGAGCAGUACAAGGCUGGUAGAGAGAGGAAGAAGCCGGAUCGUGUGGUGUUUGAUUGCCAGGAAAGAGCCUAUUGGAUAGUGAACAGGCCACCACGUCGUACUCACAGUGCUUUGGAUAGUUGGCCAGACCGCCUGAUAGAUCCCAGCACAGAAGAGAAAGUUACGUUUGACCAAUACAGACGUAUGAACAUGUUCUACCAACAAGCCAUCAUGAGGUCCAAAGUGAAAUCUAGCGUUUCCCUCGGGGCAUUGGUGAAGUACAUCACAACGUAUAAAAACCAUGAUCCCUUUCUGGCGCCCUGCCUACCCAGCAACCCCUGGCAGACGGACAACGACUCCUACUGGAAUCUCAAUAUGAGAAGGGUGGAUGUCCCAACAAAGAUGCGUGUGGAGCGCUGGUCCUUCAGCCUGUUUGAACUGCUGACUGACCUCCGGGGCCGGGACGACUUCAAGGUCUUCCUGAAGAAGGAGUUCAGUGGAGAGAAUUUGGCCUUUUGGGAAGCAGCGGAGGAGCUGAAGUGGGGAACCACGGCUUCCAUCUCCACCAAAGCUGAAAGCAUCUUCAAGACCUUUUUGGCCCCCGGCGCCCCCCGAUGGAUCAACAUUGACGGCAGGACAAUGGGUCUGACGGUGAAAGGUCUGGAGCAUCCUCACCGCUACGUGCUGGAAGCCGCACAGACGCACGUCUUCCUGCUCAUGAAAAAGGAUACUUUCUUCCGUUAUCUCAAGUCUCCCGUGUACAAGGACAUCCAGAAGAAGGCACUCAAUCCAGAAGCUCAUAACUUCAGCGCAUCCCAGCUGGAGCAAAACGCUCGCAGCCGAAGCUCAGGCAUCCAUCCCAUCAUCCUGUGGAAGCAGGAAGAGGAGGAGAAGGCGAAAGCUGCUGCGGCCGCCGUUCCUGUUGACGUCAAAGCUGUGAUGAGCAAAAUAGACAGGAAGAAAUAAUAAAUUAAAAAAAGACCGUACCUCUAUCACAAAAUAUUCCAUAUGCACACAGUACAUCUUAGGUGGCUAGAGUAUGAUUAGUAUCUCUUCUGUAUGUUGCUAUUGGAUUAUUUUUACACAGCAAUAUACACUAGAAUGUUUGACUCAAGAUGCAUAUUUAUUAAGAGAGAGAGCAAAGUCACCUUCCUGCUUCCUGCUGUUGUGUAUGUGUUGGAAGAAAUAAUAUUAAAAAGGCCGU